GAGGCCGCCGCGGACCCCGCCUCCCCGGGCCGCGGGGGCGGGCGACUGUUUGAGCGUCGCCCCGUAGACGCCUCCUCCUCGUCGUCGUCGUCGUCGUCGUCCCGCUGCCCUCCCCGCGUCCCCUCGGCCUGCGGGGAGGGAGGCCGCCCCCCGCCCCAUGAAGCAGCCGCCGCCCAAAAUGGGGGAUUUCUACGACCCCGAGCACCCCACCCCGGAAGAAGAAGAAAACGAGGGCAGGCCGGAGAGCGGGCAGAGAGGGGGUUUCGUCAAGGGCCCGGUGCUCAAGGGGGUGGCGUCGAGCCGCUUCCUGCCCAAAGGCACCAAGACCAAGGUGAACCUGGAGGAGCAGGGCCGCCAGAAGGUGUCCUUCAGCUUCAGCCUGACCAAGAAGACGCUGCAGAACCGGUUCCUGGCCGCCCUGGGCAAUGAGAAGCCCAGCGACGGGCCGGCCCCCCCGGCCCCGGCCGCCCCCCCGCCCCCGCCGGCGGACCCGCCCCCCGGGCCCGGGGCGGACCCCGGGGAGCCGCCCGCCCCGGCCGAGGACCCCUCCCCGCCCAAGCCGAAGGCGGAGCUGGGCAAGAUCCAUUUUAAGAAACACCUCCUGCACGUGACCGCCAGGCCGGGCCCGGGCCCGCCCGGGGGUCCCGGCCCCGGGGCGCCGUCGCCGGGCCGGACGGCGGAGGCCCGGACCCCCGGGGAGCCGGCGCGCCCGGAGGCGGCGCCGAGGCCCGACGCCCCGGCCCGCGGCCCGGAGGAGCGCGGCCGCCGGCCCCCGGCCGAGCGGCCGGCGGGAUCGCCGCCCCGGGAAGGCGGCCGUCUCGGGAAGGAGGAGGAGGCCGCCCCCGACGGCUGCGGGGCUCCCCCGGGCCCGAGGAGGGCCGGCCCCAAGAGGAAGGCCUCGCAGUCGGAGGGCCCGGCCCACGGCUCCGAGUCCGACGAGGACCCGGCCCGCGGCGCCCCGGGCCCGCGGCCCCACGAGGCGAAGGGCCCCGCCGGCGCGGAGAAGGAGCGGGAGCCCAAGAGGGGCUCGGCGGGCUGGAGGGGCGACGAGCCGCCCAGGUCCUCGCACCCCAAGGCCGAGCGGGACGACCGGCACUCGGGCCACUCGAAGGGGGAGCGGGACCCGCGCCACCCGUCCUCGCGCCCGCGGGCGGAGCGGGAGAGGCGGCGCAGCCGGUCCCGCUCCCGCUCCCGCUCCCGCUCGGACCGGGGCCCCCGGACGGGCUCCUCCCACUCGCGCCCGGACCGCUCCCACCACUACGACUCGGACCGCCGGUACCACCGGGGCGGCUCGCCCCACCGGGACCGGACGCGCCACUCCCGCUCCUACGCCGAGGCCCGGCCGCGCGACAGCUCCGACUCCGAGGACGAGUACAAGAGGGCCCGCUCCCGGUCCGGGGACGGCCGGCGGCCGGCGGCCGCCGCCGCGGCCUCCCACUCCUCCUCCUACCGGGACUCCCGGUCCGCCCGCCCCAAGGGGGACCGGGACGGCCGGGCGGACCCCCCUCACCCGGACCCCGAGAAGGGCCGCAAGCACGCCCCGAAAGGGGAGCGGGAGUCCAAGCGGGCCCCGGAGGGCGAGGGCCCCAAGCGGGGCGGCUCCCCGGCCAACGAGCCGGGCGGCCGCCGGGGGGCCUCCCACCCGAGGCACGACGGGGGCGCGGCCUCCCGCCCCCGGACCUCCCAGCCCAGGCCGGCCCAGAAGACCGAGCGGCCCAGGAGCCCCUCCCGGGGCCGGAGGCGCCGAGCCGGCCGCGGCCCCCGCCUCCCGCGGGCCGACCGCUCCCUCCCGACUGACGACGGCGCGGGCCUCGCCGAGGGGCCCCCUCCGACGGAGAGCCGCCGGGCGGGCGCGGCCAACGGGUUCCGGGAGGCCGCCGCCGCCGCGGCCGGGCCCGCCGCUCGGCGACGGUCCCCCGCCGGCCCGGCGGACGCCCCCCCGGACCCGCGGGCGCCCUUCCGGGACGCUCGGGGCCCACGGGCGACGCCUCCCCCGCGGGACCAAGACGGGCCGCCCCGGGACUCGGCCGACUCCGUUUCGGCCGGGCCCUUUUGCGGCGGCCCCCCGGCCCGCGGGGGCGACGGGAGCCCGGGAGGGAGGGCCGGCGCGGCCCCGUCCGCCGAGACCUGCGACGGCAGCGGCCGCGCCCCGGGUCCGGCCGCCCCGGCCCCGGGGGACUACUCCUCCGACUCCGCCGAGAGCGCCAGCGACGACGACGAGAGCGACUCGGACGCCUCGGACUCGGACGACAGCAGCGUCCCGAGGAACCGCCUGCAGUCCGUGGUGGUCGUGCCCAAGAACUCCACCCUGCCCACCGAGGGCGGCAGCCCCUGCCCCGCGCGGGGCGGCCCGGAUCACCGGCGCCGGCCCGACCCCUGGGAGGACGGGAGAGGAGGCGAGCCCGCCCGGCCCCGCCACGACGAGAAGCCGGGGGCCGCCGCCCGGGGCUGCCCGCCCGCCGACGGGUGCCCCGCGCCCAGGGGCCCGGAGAAGGGCCCGGAGGCGCCGUGGGCCGGGCCCGGCGGGAGGCCGCCGCCCCAGGCGCCUCAGCCCCAGAGCGACGGCGUGGACAGCACCAGUCAGGCCGACGCCGCCCCCGACCCCCGGGACCCCGCCGGCCCGCAGAGGGACCGGCCCGAGGCCGCGCAGCCGGACCCGGCGGCCCGCCGGGAGGAGGCGGGCGCCCGGCCGGCGGCCGGUCCGUCCGACGGACCCGACGGCGGGCUCGGGGGGGCCGGGCCGGGCGGCCCCCCCGCCCCGGGGGACCUCUCCCGAGCGGGCGGCCCCCGCGGGGCCGGGGACCCGCUCCGCCUGGGCUGGGACCUCUCCCAGACGGAGAAGCCCAGCUCCACCUGCCAGCAGCCCGACAGCAGCUUCGGCCUCUACCCCGGCUACGGCCGCCGGCCGGCCGCCGGGCCCUACUGCGGCGCCCCGGCCUACUGGGCCGGCAACGGCUACUGGGACCCCAGGCUGGCGGGCCGGCCCCCCCACGGGCAGGUGCCCGACUCGCUGACGGGCGACCACGAGGAGGAAGGGGCCGGGGAGGAGCCCUGGGCGGUCGCCCACGGGCCCCGGUUCCCCGGCCGGCCGCCCAAGGGUCCCGCCCCGCCGCCGAAGGAGCCGGGCUCCGUGCAGGCCCCCGAGAUCAGCAGCAACUCCAGCAAGGAGCCCCCGGCCGGGGCCGAGAAGAAGGACUCCCCCAAGGGCCCCGAGAGGCCCGAGGCCAAGGAGCGGGGACCCCCCAAGAAGAGGCGGCAGGAGCCGGAGAGCGACUCGGAGAGCGACGGCGAGCGGCGCGACAGGAAGCGGGCGCGGACGGAGGCGGGCCGGCCGCCGGCCCCGCUGUGCGUCAUGGACGACUUCCGCGAUCCCCAGAGGUGGAAAGAGUGUGCCAGGCAGGGGACCAUGCCCUGCUACUUCGACCUCAUCGAGGAGAACGUGUACCUCACCGAGAGGAAGAGGAACAAGUCCCACCGGGAUAUCAAACGGAUGCAGUGCGAGUGCGCCCCCCUCUCCAAAGAGGAGCGCGCCCAAGGCGACGUCGCGUGCGGGGAAGACUGUCUCAACCGUCUCCUCAUGAUCGAAUGUUCUUCCCGGUGCCCGAACGGAGACAACUGUUCCAACAGGAGGUUCCAGAGGAAACAGCAUGCGGACGUGGAAGUCAUCCUGACGGAAAAGAAGGGAUGGGGGCUGCGGGCGGCCAAAGAUCUUCCGUCGAACACGUUCGUCCUGGAGUACUGCGGAGAGGUGCUGGACCACAAGGAGUUCAAAGCCCGGGUCAAGGAGUACGCGCGAAACAAGAACAUCCACUAUUACUUCAUGGCCCUGAAGAACGACGAGAUCAUCGACGCCACCCAGAAAGGCAACUGCUCCCGUUUUAUGAACCACAGCUGCGAGCCCAACUGCGAGACCCAGAAGUGGACUGUGAACGGUCAACUGAGAGUCGGCUUCUUCACCACGAAACUGGUUCCGUCCGGCGCCGAGCUGACUUUCGACUACCAGUUCCAGAGAUACGGAAAAGAGGCUCAGAAGUGCUUCUGUGGCUCAGCCAACUGCCGUGGCUACCUGGGAGGGGAGACCCGGGUGAGCAUCAGGGCCGCCGGCGGGAAAAUGAAGAAGGAGCGCUCCCGGAAGAAGGACUCGGUGGAUGGCGAGCUGGAGGCGCUUCUCGAAAACGGGGAGGGCCUGUCGGACAAAAACCAGGUCCUCAGCCUGUCCCGCCUGAUGGUCCGCAUCGAGACGCUGGAGCAGAAGCUGACCUGCCUCAAGCUGAUCCAGAACACCCACUCGCAAUCCUGCCUGAAGUCGUUCCUGGAGUGCCACGGACUGUCCCUCUUGUGGAUCUGGAUGGCGGAGCUCGGUGACGGCCGGGGGAAUAACCAGAAGCUGCAGGAAGAGAUUAUCAAGACCCUGGAGCGCCUGCCGAUCCCCACGAAGAAUAUGCUGGAGGAGAGCAAGGUGCUACCGGUCAUCCAGCGCUGGUCCCAGACCAAGACGGCGGCCCCCCAGUUCAGCGAAGGGGACGGCUACUCGAGCGAGAACACGUCCCGCGCCCACACGCCGCUCAACACGCCGGACCCGUCCUCCAAGGCGGGCGCCGAGGCGGAGGCGGACACCCCGAAGAAGCUGGUCUUCCGCCGGCUGAAGAUCGUCAGCGAGAACAGCACGGACAGCGCCGUCUCGGACGCCGCCAGCGAGCCGGACGGGAAGGACGGCAAGGACGACCCGGAGCAGCUGGACGGGGCCCCCGCCGAGGAAGAGGAGGAGCCCCAGCCGCCCCCGCCCCCGCCCCCCCCGGCCGGAGCGGACCCCGAGGCCCCGGCGGAGGGCGGGAGGCGGCCCCCGGCCGAGCCCGAGGUGGAGCCCGACGCCGAGGCCCGCGAGAGCAACGGGCCCAGGCCGGAGGAGCCGGCCGCCGCCGAGACCCCGUCGCAAGACGAGGAGGAGGGCGUCUCGGACGUGGAGAGCGAGCGGAGCCAGGAGCCCUCGGACAAGACGGUCGAUCUGAGCGAUCUCGCCGCCAGGCUCCUGGAGAGUUGGAAAGACCUGAAGGAAGUCUAUCGGAUCCCCAAGAAGAGCCAGACGGAGAAAGAGCACAGCGAUUGUAAGCUCCUUGAGGGCAGGGAUCGUGCCCACUGUGUCGGUUGCGCUCUCCCGGGGGUCCGGCCCGGCGUUCCGCACACAGUAGGUGCCCGAUCCGUACUUCUGGGCCGACGGGUUGGCGAUCGUAAUAGCCACAGUGCCGACCGCGGGAGAGACGGCGGCGGGCACAGGGACCAGGCGGCCACCCCGAAGACGCCCAACCUGGCCAGGGAGCGGGACCAGGAGAGGCAAGCGCAGAGCAAAGAGAAGAAGAAACGGCGGGGGUCCCUCUCCCCGCCCCCGUCGGCCUACGAGCGAGGCUCCAAGCGAACGGACGACAGAUACGACACGCCGACGUCUUCCAAGAAGAAGGCGCGCCUCAAGGACCGCAACAAGCUGUCCACGGAGGAGCGCCGGAAGCUGUUCGAGCAGGAGGUGGCCCACAGGGAGGCCCAGAAGCAGCAGCUGCAGACGCUGGGGAUGGCCUCCCCGCUGCCCUACGAGCCCCUGGGCUUCGGCGGCCCCCACCACCCCUUCGUCGGCUACCCCCCCGGCUACCCCAUGCAGGCCUACGUGGAUCCCAGCAACCCCAAUGCUGGGAAGGUGCUAUUACCCACGCCCAGCCUGGACCCCAUGUGCUCCCCGGUGGGCUUCGAGCACGCCCAGACUCUGGCCGGCCCCGCGGCGGAGCCGGCCGCCCAGCACGCCGUGGACGUCGCCGCGGCCCCCUACGCCGCCCAGGGCGACGGCGCCGUCCACCAGGAGGCCGGGGUGGCCGUCCUGCCGGUGCCGGGCCCGGUGCCGGCCUACGGCGUGUGGGACGCGGGCCAGCCGACGGUGGCGGCCGUGCAGCCCACCUUCUCGCCCGCGCAGUCCCAGCCGGCCAUCUACUACCAGGGCCAGGCCUGCCCGGCCGUGUACGGGGUCGCGUCGCCGUACUCCCAGGCCGCCCCUCCCAUCGUGCAGAGUUACGCCCAGCCGGGUCUCCAGUACAUCCCAGGGCAGCAGAUCUUCGCGGCGCACCCGCAGGGCGUGGUGGUCCAGCCGGCCGCCGCGGUGACCACGAUCGUCACGGCGGGACAGCCCUUGCAACAGCCGGAGCUGGUGGUGACCAAUAACCUCCUGGACCUGCCGCCGCCCUCUCCCCCCAAGCCGAAGACCAUCGUCCUACCUCCUCAUUGGAAGACCGCCCGAGACCCGGAAGGGAAGAUCUACUACUAUCAUGUGAUCACUCGGCAAACCCAGUGGGACCCCCCAACCUGGGAGAGCCCCGGGGACGAAGCCAGCCUCGAGCAUGAAGCCGAGAUGGACCUGGGCACCCCAACGUAUGACGAGAACCCCAUGAAGUCUUCCAAGAAACCCAAAACGGCCGAGGCCGACACUUCCAGCGAGCUGGCCAAGAAGAGCAAAGAGGUGUUCCGGAAAGAGAUGUCCCAGUUCAUCGUGCAGUGCUUGAACCCCUACCGGAAACCCGACUGCAAAGUGGGAAGGAUAACCACCACCGAGGACUUCAAGCACCUCGCCCGCAAGCUGACCCACGGGGUCAUGAACAAGGAGCUCAAGUACUGCAAGAACCCGGAGGACCUGGAGUGCAACGAGAAUGUGAAACACAAAACCAAGGAGUACAUCAAGAAGUACAUGCACAAGUUCGGGGCCGUUUACAAACCCAAAGAGGACACCGACUUGGAGUGACCCCGAGGGGGGCGGGAACCGGAGGACGGCGACCAAGAGGAGGAGGAAGGAGCGGCCCCCGGACGCCCGCGGGCCGACCCGGCCGGACCCCUCCCCUCCCCCCUCCGGCCGCGGCCCCCCGCCCCGCCCCGGCUCGCCGUCGCGCACGCGGGGCGGUCCCGUCGGCCACGCCGAGCCCGCGUCCCGGCCCCUGUAUCAUAUUUUAACGUUCAUGUGAAUAUAUUGAUAAAUAAUUUUG